AUGGCUUUUCAACUACCAUAUUGUUUAAGCUUUCUACUUAUCCUUCUACGGUUGCCAUUUCACACAACUUCUCAAACUUACAAUAACAUAUCUUUAGGCUCAGUCCUCACCGCUCAGGAUGAUGACUCUUCCUGGCUCUCACCAUCUGGGGAGUUUGCUUUCGGUUUCCAAAAGAUUGGUAAUGAUGGCGGCUUCAUACUAGCCAUCUGGUUUAACACGAUUCCGGAAAGAAGUAUUGUCUGGUCAGCCAAUGGCAACAAUCUAGUGCAAAAAGGAUCUACAGUUGAACUCACUGCAGAUGGCCAGUUUAUGCUGAAUGAUAUGGCAAAUGGCACACAAAUGUUCAUUGCUGAGCAGGCUGCUGCUACUGGGGUUGCCUAUGCAGCCAUGCUUGAUUCAGGAAAUUUCGUUUUGGCCAACCGAAAUUCAACCAAUUUGUGGGAGAGUUUUAAUCAUCCAACUGAUACAAUCCUACCAAUGCAGACUCUAAACCGAAACAGCACACUCUUCGGUAGCUACACGAAAACAAAUUACUCAAAAGGAAGGUUCCUGUUUACUCUAGAGUCUAAGGGGAUUCUUGCUCUUUAUACAGCAAAUUUUCCAUUGGAGUCUCCUAACUUUCGUUACUGGGCAACCCAAACUGAGGGUGUUGGCUUUCAAGUCAUCUUCAAUGAGUCUGGCUAUAUUUACCUUACAGACAGUAACGGAAGCCUACUUAGCAUGGUAUCAAACAAGGAGGUUUCAAUGCACGAUUACUACCAGAGAGCAACUCUUGAUUUUGAUGGAGUUUUGAGGCACUAUAUCUACCCCCAAAAGCAAUGGCUCAACUUAUGUAAACAUGAGGAUGAAGGACAAAUUGUUUGCCAGUGCCCAAAGAAUUACACAUCCAUUGAUACAAAUGAUGAGCGGAAAGGAUGCAAGCAAAACUUCGUUCCCCAAAAUUGCGAUGAAACCUCACCUGAAACACAUCAUUUCGGGUUUCAAGAGAUGCUAUACACAGAUUGGCCUAAUGGAGAUUAUGAGCAUUUUCUGAAAGUAAAUGAGGAUUUUUGCAGGCAAAGUUGCCUAAGUGAUUGUUUCUGUGCCAUUGCCGUUUUUGACAAAGCGACUGGGGGUUGUUUGAAGAAGGGAAUUCCCCUUUCAAAUGGAAGGAUCGACCAGGGUGUUGGCUGGAUAUCCCUGAUCAAAGUACGGAUAGACAAUUCUACUUAUAGACAAGAAGUCCCACGUGCAAGAAAGAAAGAGAAUUCAGCUUUGAUCCUCGUUGGAUCAGUGUUGAUGAUAAUAAUAAGCUAUUUGAUUGUUUCUCUAAUAACCUAUUUGUUUGCUUCUCACAUCUAUUCUAAGCAAGCAAAGGUGAGUAAACUUUAUCCAGUUGUUCACGGCAUUAAUUUGAAAUGUUUCACUUACAUGGAGCUAAAAGAAGCUACCAACAGAUUCAAGGAAGAACUAGGACGAGGUGCUUUUGCAACAGUUUUUAAAGGAGUUUUAGCAUCCAAUAAUGGAAGAUCCGUUGCUGUAAAAAGAUUGGACAGUAUGGUCAGAGAAAAUGAUUUGGAAUUCAAAGCUGAAGUGAGUGCGAUUGGCAGAACAAAUCACAGAAAUUUGGUCCAGCUACUAGGAUUCUGCAACGAAGGGCAGCACCGAAUUCUUGUUUACGAGUUUAUGACCAAUGGCUCUUUAGCAAGCUUCCUCUUUGGAGAGUCAAUGCCCAGCUGGGAUCAAAGAAGGGAAAUUGCCUUAGGAACUGCAAGAGGGCUCUUGUAUUUGCACGAAGAGUGUAGCAGCCAAAUCAUACAUUGUGACAUUAAGCCUCAAAACAUUCUUCUAGACGACUCUUUCACUGCAAGAAUUGCUGACUUUGGAGUAGCCAAGCUUUUGCAAAUGGAUCAAACUCGAACAACUACUAGAUUCAGGGGAACAAAAGGGUAUAUGGCCCCUGAAUGGUUCAAAAGCUCUCCUGUCACAGUGAAGGUGGAUGUUUAUAGCUUUGGCAUUUUGUUACUAGAGAUAAUUUGCUGCAGGAAGCAUUAUGAACCAAAAAUAGAGAAUGAAGAUCAAAUGAUACUAGCUGAUUGGGCUUAUGCUUGCUACAAGAAAAAGACAAUACACAUGUUAUUGGAGAAUGAUAAUGGUGAGGAAAUGGGUGACAUCAAGAUGAUGGAGAAGUAUGCGAUGAUCGCGUUUUGGUGCAUUCAAGAGGAUCCAUCAAUAAGACCCACCAUGAAGAAUGUCACACAGAUGCUUGAAGGGACUAUUGAAGUCUCCGUCCCACCAAAUCCAUCCUCAUUAUAUGUCAAUCAAAGUGAUCGCAAUUAUCAUUGA